AAUUUUAGUUGCAAAAGCACAAUCAUAACGACAGAUCAUUAGCGCUCAUUUGAGUGGAAGAUUGUCGAACUUUAUGUACUAAACAAAAUCUUGAAAGCUAUAAAGCUGAACCAGUGUCAGAGAGGAGUGAGAGGUUGAAAGAGUUCGGCUGACAGAUUACUCAUUUAGAGCUUAUGUUCUAAGCAACAUUUCUGAAAUUGUUUAAUCUUGUGUCAACAACCUAGCUGUCUACAACAGAUCACGCUGUCAAAUAUCAUCAUGAUCAUCACAAUGCAGGAUUUGUUGAGUUGAAUAUGGGAAAUGAGAUGGGAAACAAUAACACAUCUGAAUUUAGAGAGGAAGAACAGGCAAGAACUGAUCCAGAAAAAUCUUUACUGGAAGGUGGGGCCAACGAAGUCAAAGCGGAUGAAGUUGCAGACUUCAGCCAAAAAGAGGCUAGGCCAGGUUCGGAUGGUGCAGAUAAACUAAAUGGAAAUCACCAUGUCAUAGAUAAAGAGGAAGAAAAAAAUAAAGAAUGUAAUACGGCAGAGUUUCAUGUGGUUUCUGAAAAGCUACCAGACAGAACUAAAGAGGACAAUGAAGUCCAGGCCAACUCUAAAGAGGAUAAAACAAAAGAGUUUGAUCCGGAAGAGAAUAGAUCGGACGGAAAUGAGCAUGAGCAUGAAAAGCAGGCUUCAAACCAGGAAGAGGAAGAAGGGGAGGGAGUUUCCAAUUUGAACACAACAAUACUAGCAUUAGAUGAGCCGAAACCUGAAAAGACUUCAGAUUUCAAAAGUACUCAGCAUGAAUUGCUCAACAUUAAAGCCGAAUCUUUCACAGAAGAUAGCAACAAGUCUCCAGAAGAAUGCAAGGAUGCUUUGGGAUUGAGUUUGAACGACACUUACCAUUCAGCAGACUGUGCCAUGGCAGAUUCAGAAGAAACCACCAAUAUGGAUCGAGUUCUCGGUAUUGGCCGAGGUAUUGAUAAGGAAAAUGGAGUGAGGGGAAAAGGUUCAAACUUCGACAAGAUAACACAGGCAUCAGAAGAUCCAAAAACUAAAAAGAUUUCAGAUUUUGAUGCUGAUCAAGUUAUUGAUACUGAUCGAGAUGCAGAUAAGGAAGAUGAUAGAGAGAGGGGUAAAGGUUCCAACUUAGAUCCAAAAUCUGAAAAAACAACAGAUUUUCAUGUUGAUCACGUUCUUGAUACCGAUCGAGAUACAGAAAAGGAAGGUGAUAUUGUGAGGCUCAAGGGUUCAAACUGCAAUACGAUGACACAAGCAUCAGAAGACCCAAAAUCUGAAAACUUUUCAGAUUUUGUUGCUGAGCAAGUUAUUGAUAAUGAUCAAGAAAAAGGUGAUAUUGAGAGGAUCAAAGGUUCAAACUGCAAUACGAUGACACAAGCAUCAGAAGACCCAAAAUCUGAAAACUUUUCAGAUUUUGUUGCUGAGCAAGUUAUUGAUAAUGAUCAAGAAAAAGGUGAUAUUGAGAGGAUCAAAGGUUCAAACUGCAAUACGAUGACACAAGCAUCAGAAGACCCAAAAUCUGAAAACGUUUCAGAUUUUGUUGCUGAUCAAGUAAUUGAUAAUGAUCAAGAAAAAGGUGAUAUUGAGAGGAUCAAAGGUUCAAACUGCAAUACGAUGACACAAGCAUCAGAAGACUCAAAAUCUGACAACUUUUCAGAUUUUGUUGCUGAUCAAGUUAUUGAUAAUGAUCAAGAAAAAGGUGAUAUUGAGAGGAUCAAAGGUUCACACUGCAAUACGAUGACACAAGCAUCAGAAGACCCAAAAUCUGAAAACUUUUCAGAUUUUGUUGCUGAUCAAGUUAUUGAUAAUGAUCAAGAAAAACAUAAUGAAAAUGAUGGAGCAAGGGGAAAAGAUUCCAACUUUGACACGAGAAAACAAGCAUCAGAAGAUCCAAAAUCUGAAACGACUUCAAAUUUUGAUGCUGAUCAAGUUAUUGAAACCAAUCAAGAUACUGAUAAGGAAGGUGAUGGACUGAAGGAAAAAGUUUCCAACUUCGACAUGAUAGCACAAGCUCCAAAAUUAAGAAAGCCCUCAGAUUUCGAUGCUGAUCAAGUUAUUGAUGCUCUUCGAGAUACAGAUAAGGAGCAUGAUGCAGAGAAGGGAAAAAGCUACGAUGUCAAGACGUUACAUGUACAGGACGAUCCAAAAUCUGAAAAGAAUUCAGAUCUUAAGUCUAUUCAUCAUGGAUUGCCUGAAAAGGCAGAAUCAUUGGGGGGAUCAAGUGAUGAUGGAUCCUUACAAGAAAGCAAGUACUGUUUCGGCUCUAGUUUGGAACAUACUGAGGAGAAUGAUCACUUCAUGUGCACAGAAAAAUUAACUAACGUGGAUUGUUUCGGCGCAGAGGCAGAGACAGAUAUGGAGAAGAACUGUGAUAUAAUAGAGCCAAGGCCAUGGCAUGAAAAUACAAUGCCAGCAGCCAAAAUUGUCGAUACUAAAGAUGAAGAAACUGCGAUAGAUUUGAUCGGUCAUAAUACUUCAUGUUCACAACCGGAAGAGAGUCUGGUGAUAGAAUUACCGAAGCCAUGCAUGCAAGUUCCUGAGGUUGAAAACAGACGCACGGUUUUGAAAGAAAAACCCCAAUUAAGAGAACAGGGAACUGAAACAAUCGUUCAAGACAAUCUUCCAACUCAAUCUAAGAUUUCAAAUGAGGUCCAAGAGGAAUUUAACACGAUUAGGUCGCACUCCGAGGAAAAUGCUGCUUCUGAAUCUGUUGUCAGAAACCAGAACGAGACUCCUGGAGAAGAUUGCGAGGAUUCAGAUGAAGAAUAUCUGGAAAUUUCUGAACAAGUUAUGGAAGUUUUCAAUUCAUCUAUUGGAGAUUGCAAGCAUAAGAAUGAAGGGAUGGGAGAGACAACGGAAAUUUCAACAAACGUUGGACAUGAAGGGGAAAGACGAGAGCCAGAGGAAAACUUAUUUGAACCUCUUUUAGGGCUUCAACCUCAAAGCCAUCAAAAGGAAGCUUCGAUCACAUUUCAAACUGGAGAAAGUACAGAUGAAUCAAUCUCAACACUGAGGCAAAUAACCGAAAAAGCAUCUGAAAAAUCCAAGAAAAAUUCCUCAGACUCUCCACAUUAUAUACAAACAGCUUCAGCAACAUUCACAGAAACUAAACCAUCGACAAAUCCGAUCGACGAACAGAAUGUAACAACACUUCCCCUCUCAACAUUCAGAGAGGAAAAUCAAGAAUCUCCAGGAAGAACAAGCAACGAAUCAAAUUCCGACAAUUCAGUCGCUCAUAUCGAAAUGCGUAAAUCGCCUAGCUUCAAUAUAGAUAUCCAAAGCGAAGGAAAGACAGUAGAAACAGAGAAAAUUCCAUUGUUAUACCAGAUCAAGACAAUCGAAGACUUACAAAAUCUGCAGGAGAUUAGCUUCCCAAAUCCGACGGAGAAGCGAGUUGUAAAGCUAGGAAGAAGCGAAUCAGAGAAAUCGAGACCUUCAUUCCCAGGGUUCGCAAAAGAAAAAGGAGAAUCGGAGAUGGAAUCCACAGCAACCAAUCAACAUAAAUUAGGCGCCACUAAAAACGCAGUGAAAGACUUACCACCGCCAUCGCCGAUUCGAAAAGGGAAGCGCAGAAGCAAAUCCCUAAUCUUCGGAACCUGCAUCUGCUGUGCUACUGCAAUCAAUUGAUCGGAUUUUCUCUCGAAUUCAAAUUUCUGAGUGGUUUUCACUGGUUUUCUUCCCUUCCUGCUACGGUUCUACAAGCUUGUUCGCACUGUCCGUACACUUCUCUUCCCGCCAAAUUUACAGGUCAUCAUCUCAUCUUGUGGUUUAAAUUUGCAUUUAAUUCU